CUCCAUUCAUAGGUACAGCAAGGCAGCUUGAACCUCAUCCAUUCUCCACACUUGAUUGCGAUUCACUUGAAGACCUCGAGAUAAUCGAGCCAUUGGAUCCUGAGACUAUUGCCAGUCCAAAAUCCACCACAUACAUUUGCAGGUUGAUCAGCGUCGCGAAAUUGAGGGUCCGCGUGCGGGCAGCGAUCCGAAAAGAAAUCUGUCUUACAGCCAGCCAACUUACGCCCCAUCUGAGGUUCGACUCGACGCCCCUGUGCUCGAUCUCUCGCAUCCAACUCAACAUAUACAAACCUACAUAAAAAUUGCGCCAUGUCUACUGGACUCACAAGAAGACGAGGUGGAGGCGGCGGCGGUGGAGGAGCCGAGAACGAGGAAGCAGAUUCUAGUCGUGUGGCCUCACCUGCGCCCAAGGCCGGCGGUUCUCGCGAUACCGGUGGACCAGAGACGUCGUAUGAGAACGGCGAGAAUGGACACAAGAUCGCCUUUGAUCCGAGGGAUAUUAGUGAGAGUGCGGAGCGGAGCAAGCAACCAAAGCUUACGUUGAUGGAGGAGGUGCUGUUGUUGGGCUUGAAGGACAAGCAAGUGAGUUGCCCAGCUAUUCAGAGGGUCUCUCGGUUUGACGUGCGCAAUGAACUAAUGCGAUUGUAAUGUAGGGAUACUUAUCUUUCUGGAACGACAAUAUAUCAUACGCCCUUCGAGGAUGCAUCGUUAUCGAGCUGGCCUUCCGCGGACGAGUGAGCAUGCAGAAGGACUCGUCGAGGAGACGAUUUCCGUUGGCCGAUCGGGUUAUUGAGGUUAUUGAUGAUACGUUAACGGGUGAGGUUCUCCUCGACGAGGCCUUGAAGAUGAUGAAGGCCAGCGAGAAAAUGAGCGUCAGUUCAUGGAUUGAUUUGAUGAGUGGUGAGCCAUCUCUUUAGCAUUUUCUUUCCACAACUUAUAUUAAUUCUCUACUAGGUGAGACAUGGAAUCUCAUGAAGAUCGGAUAUCAAUUGAAACAAGUCCGAGAAAGAUUAGCCAAAGGCCUCGUUGACAAGGGAAUCCUUCGAACGGAAAAGAAAAACUUUCUAUUAUUCGAUAUGGCCACACAUCCAGUAGCAGACGGAGGAGCAAAGGAGGAAAUCCGACGACGGGUUAGAAAUGUCUUGACGCAACGAACGGUCGUAUUGCCGGGAAGUCAAUUCCUCCCAGAGAAUCUCAAAUUUAGAUACACUCGUACCAUCGCUAUGGUUUGUGCGGCUUAUGCUGCCAACGUUUUGGAGAAUGCACUUGCGAGUUUGGGACACGAGUCCCGGGAAAGGGCCUUCGCUCAGGUGGACGAGUUACUAGCAGAAUACAGUCAGUGGCCCUUUGGAAAACGGGCUGGUGGAGCAUCGGGAGGUGUAGGCGCAAAUCUAGGACAGCUCAUUGGGGAUGAGGUUGCGAAUGGCAAGGAUGAGGAACUGCAACUCGAGGUAAACUCCAUCCAUUCCUCAAUUCUUGAAAAUAUCAUCAUUCGUCUUAACACUUGUGUAGGUUGUGGCAGCGUGUCUCAGUGUCUUUACCAGAUUGGAUUCCUUGCUAUAAGAAGAAAUUCAUCACCAUUUCAGGGAAGAGGAUUACACGCAUACCAAAGAGCUCUCGUCUGAGCGAGAAAGAAAGAAAACCCUUCUUGACUGUCAUAUUAGCUUGCCCUCAAAAAACCAAUCAACACACAAAACGCAAUACCAGGAAGGUAUCGAGUUUCUGAAGAAAAGUAGUUACGUUUGCACACAGGCGCUUUUGGGUUUUUGGGUGUGUGAAACCAUUUUUGUUGUCUUGGGUUUCUCUUGCGUCUGCUUUAUCUUCUUCCUCGUUAUUUUUUAUUGAUGAAUGAAAUCUUCAGUUGUUUCUUUUUUCUUCCUUGAUUUCCCACGCACUCAGAGAGAAAUUAUCUUGGGGUUUCCUGGUGUGUUUGUAGGGGAAUGUGUACCUUAAAACGAUACGUAGCUUUUGCGUGCGGUUUUUUCUUCUUUUUUUUGCCCGAUGCUUGAUGGGUUUGUUUUUGUUGGGAAUGGGAGUUACUUUGGUAGUACAAAAAAUCAUUCCGUCA